GAAAAAUUGAACGUCGAUCAUCAUAAAUGCGCUCGUUCCUUAUUAUUUUAAUACUUUUGUCCCCAGGCAGGGAUUGUAAAAUUUUAAAGCAAACGCAAUAAAUUUUGGAAUUUUUGAAAGCACCUUGCGCGCAGUUGCGGCUUCUGACAAAGGCGCCGCGGCGAUCACACAAGUUCAAACAGUGGGCGUGACGUCAUCAAAGGGGUUUUGGCCUGGCAAAAAUCGUCGCUAGGUUUGAUGCUGCAAAUCAAACUGGGCUGACUUUGCCUAUUUUUUCACUGAGAGGUGUCAGGGAUGGCGUCGAUUGUGCUGAAAAGUUUGUCCAUUCUGCUCGGACUUUUCUUCAUCUUCGUGGGAAUCAUGAAGAUCACCCCGAAAUUGAGCAAAGACCUGCACAAAGACUUGAGAAAGGAGUAUGUGAGAUAUUCUAAAGUGUUCCCGUUGGCUCAAACCCUUGACUUCAAAGUGCCCUCCAAGUGGUACAGGCGCGUUGUUGGCAGCCUGGAGGUGGUUUGUGGUUUGGCCCUCACGUUCGUGCCAUUUGCUCGUGUAAAACAAGGGGCGAACAUAAUCCUGGUCGUGCUCAUGUUAAUGGCCGUUUACUCGCACUACAUGGUUAACGACAAAUUCGAGAGAAUAGCGCCAGCGCUUGUGUUCUUCUUCAUGCUUGUGUGUCGACUGGUCGUCGACUGGCAAUUAAGACGCAAGGAGCUACUCAAGUUGGAGGCCGCGGCAGCAACAAAUGGUGAAGACAAGCAAACCAAGCAGGACUGAACGAUUCAAAAACUCUAGAGCUAGAUUUUUCUAAAAAUUUUCGUCUUGUGAAUGUGCACUUGUUCUCUAUAUAUUUAUUCAGCAACUUUAAAUGUUACUCUUGAAAUUUCUUUUGUGAUACGUGUAUGUAAUUUGGUUAUUUACGAGACAGACUUUUCAUAUGUGAGACAUUGUUUUUAUCUAGUCACUUUUUGUAUUUGUAACGGACCCCUUAAUAUCAUUCCCAUCUUAACCAUUUUAAUCAUGUAUUUAAAUUUACAAUCUUCCCGAAAACCCUUUGAAAAUAUUGUUAAUAAUUUCUCCGUGAGGUCAAGUUGAUUAAUGUUGCUGCAAGAUAAACCAUUUUAUAAUUAUUGUGAUCAAAUAUUAAAACGCACAAGAGCGGGAUUUUUUAUACAAUGGAUUACUUUACAGUUGUAAACACAGGGGCUGUUAUGAAUUUUUGUAGUCGUUGUCAUUGUUGAGUACUAAUUACUACUAUUGAACGAAAAACUAUUGUUUCCGCAUUCAGCUGAAUUCAUGCGAAUCCUUGGUGUAUUUAUCGAUAUUUAUUAUCAUAAAUGACUAGAAAUGUUGAGACAUUUUUAGAAAAACUUGUAAAUAAUUUCUAGAAUACCUCUUUGCAUGUGUGAAUGUGAAUUUACUAGGGUAAGAGUGAGUGUGAUUUGAUGAAUGAACUGAGAAUUUUGUGAUCCCUGAUUAGAAUUUACACCAAGCACAUUAAAUUGGCCAAUUUUUGCACUUGAUGUACCUACAAUUCUUUGUAAUCCAACAGAGAUUCAAAAUGAAUUUAAGCACGGUGCCAAAUCAAAGGCAGGAAAUCAGAGUAACUAAAGAGAGCGAUUAGCUGAAGACGCAAUAAGAAGAAAACUAUAGGCCUGCAUGAUUGGACGUUGUAAAAUCCAGGCAGAUUUGAGCAGAAAAUUAGACAUUUUUGAUCUCCAUUGAUUUAUGUUGAAUAUCAGUGUAGAUAAAAAAACAGAGUUGUUUUGAUACAAUUCAUGCAGUCCAAUAAAGCCAGCCUUGACACCCAAAACCAAAAGUAUAAUUGAAAAA